GAUGGGCUCACGCUCUGCGGACCUCCGUGCCGAGGGUUUUGAGGUGAUCUUCGCAUACGAAGAGGCUAUUGGCUUUUGCAUCGGCGACAUUGUCAAAGACAAGGAUGGCAUCGCAGCUGCAUCGGUCUUCGUGGACAUGGCCAAAGAGCUCCAGGAGGAGGGCCUGAGCUGCGAGCAGCACUUGCAACGCCUCUACAAGGAAUACGGCAACUUUCUGUCCAUGAACAGCUACGUUAAGUCGCCGGACCCCGCACUGACGAGGCGGAUCUUCGCCGCGCAGCGGCCCGAGGGCAAAUACUGUCAGAAGGUGGCGGAUUUCGCUAUCUCAGACAUCCGCGCCUUCUUUGACGACGCGUGUGACCGUUGA